AUGACCUCGAACGCUGAAUUGUGGAGCGUAGACAUGGCUGUAGAGUCUCGGGAGAAAACGCCAGACCCAACUGGAAAAGAAAUAGCAUACGAGAGGCAUCCCAUUCUAGACGUACCAGAGGACAUUCUCCGUCUCAUCUUCGAGCAUCUGUGCGCUGGGUCUGGGAACCACCGCAAUAAGCUCGCUUACGGAAUAGGACUCGUAAACAAGCAGUGGAGAGACGCCUCGAGACGUACACCUAAUAUAUGGCGCUGCCUGGAUAUCGAUAUAGCCUACAGCGUCUCGGCUCUUGCAGCUCAGUACAAAUAUAUUACCUCCAUUCGCCCAGAUCCUGAUGUAAUUCGCAUUUACCGGAGUAGAGGUGACGAUACCUCUUGGAAUCACCUUGGGGACAUUCUCCGCGAAUGUCGUAUCUCUGAACUCAAGUUCAUCGACCAUCUCAGCAUCUACAUAUACAAACCUUAUCUUGUCAGUACUAUCCUCGACAACCUUCCCCUCUUAAAGGAACCGCGGAUUCGCGAGCUCAGCCUGUCUGUACAAUCCAAGCGCAGGGGAUCGAGGGAACGCAUACCAUGGGAUGCGACGCGGCUCCCGCUUCUCAUUCCAGGUGCAAAAAAAUUAUAUAUGUCGCAUCACUACGGCGUACAAUUCUUUACCCAGAAUUUUCAACAAAUAUCAUCCAUCACUUUCCUCGACAUUUACCGCUGCAAAGCGGUCCACUUUCUCCCUCGAAUCGGAAUGUUCACAAAUCUCAAAAAGCUCUGGGUUCGCUCAGUCGAAUGCUCUCUUCCGCCACUGCCCUUCACGCCUCAAUUCGAAUACGCCGCGCCAUACCAAAUGGUCGACUUGCCAGCACUAGAGACACUAUGCAUCGCGCAAACACCGAAUUUUCCUUGGGACUAUCUCUCGUGCCCGUCCCUUUGGUCUGUAGUAGGCGACGAAGACGUUUCGCAGGCAAUGAUCCGCUUUCUUCAACGACAUCCCAGAAUUCUUGAGCUAGACGUUUGCGUCGAUUCCCAUUUAUUCGAGUUGUUUACUCUAUCUUGCCCACAACUCGAGACUCUGGAUAUACGUGGCCAUAUCGAGGGUCUCGUCGGCUGGCAGAAGAACAAACUAGGUGAAUGGGACAAGGACAGUCCCGGAAUAGGCGCAACGUCGUUGCCAAAUCUGAAGAAGCUCAUUCUUGACCGCGUGGAUAAAGAGCUGACGCUAGAGCUACUGGAGGCUAUCGUCGAAAAUUGGUGUCACCCACGAAGUCCCGCUUCGAGUACCGCAGAGGUCCAGCAUCGUUCUCGCAAUAGGGCACCGUUGGACGUGUGUCGAAUUUCGUUGGUCGACAGGAUAAUGGAACUACAGGGUGAGUGA